AUACAUCUCUUCUUCUUCUCCUUCAAAACCAUAAUAGAGUUCUCAGGACAUGCCCUUCUUCCUCAAGAACCCUCUGGGCUCCAAGAUGAAGAAAGGUAUCAGAGCUUUCUGCAACACCAACGGCUCAACCUCCACUCUGAACCAACACAGUGGCACUAAUGAUGAAAAUCCAAGGCAAAGCUCGCCAACUCUGGAGGAUCUGAUACUACAGUUGGAACUGGAGGAAGAGAUUGCUAGGAAAUCUAAGCUCAAUAAUCACUACAACGAUGGAAUCAUGAGGGGAAGAAUGUCUUGUGUGAACAACUCCGACAUCUUAAGAUCUGCCAGAAACGCCUUGAAUCAAUAUCCAAGAUUCUCACUUGACGGUAGGGAUGCCAUGUACAGAUCGAGGUUUGGUAUCCAAGAAGGAAGAAACUCAGUUUGCUGUGACACAAGCGUAGGAAGAAGGUCUCUGCUUGACGAAGAAGAGGAAGACGAAGACAAGAAUGCGUUAAGGAGGAAUAGGUUUAGAAAGACUCUGUCUUUGCCUGCAACUAUAGCAGGAGAGAGCGUGGUGUGGUGUGAGCCUGGGGUUGUGGCUAAGCUAAUGGGUUUGGAAGCCAUGCCAGUGCCGGUAAGAAGCAGAAGAUCAGAGAGCAGGAAGGAGAAGUUGAGUGGUGGGAUCAUGAGAAGGCAGAAUCUGAGAAGGAGAUUUGAGAUACACGACUUGGAGAGAAGAUUGGCCAUGGAAAUGCAGGGUUAUGGAGGUGGUACGACCAGGAGGAACAAAAAUGGAUACUGCUCCCGAAAUGAAUAUUGUAUCAUGAAACCAGUUUUUCGCUAGAAUCUACCAUUCACAGUAUCCUCUUAAGAUUGGACUCCUUUCUGAUCUGCAGAUAAUAUGAUGGAUUCAUUACUCUCUCUCUCUCUCUCUCUCUAUAUAUAUAUAUAUAUAUUCAAGUUAUGCCUCGAGGGUCUUCGUUGAUCUGUAUUUUUAUCUGUUUAUUUUGUUAUGAAUUUUACGUUGAUGAUAUCAA